AUGGGGCGCUUUGACUCCUUACUAGCCGCCCAGAACCGAAAGUUGGAUCUGGAAGGAGCUUUGAUUGCUCGUGACCGGGUUGGUAUCCAGGACUUUGUGCUGUUGGAUGCUUACACCAGUGAGACAGCUUUCCUGGACAACCUGAAGAAAAGGUUCACUGGAGACCUGAUUUAUACUUACAUAGGGACCCUGCUGGUAUCGGUGAACCCCUAUAAAGAGCUGGACAUUUACAACAAAAAGCAGAUGGACAUCUACAUGGGUGUCAACUUCUUUGAGUUACCUCCUCACAUUUAUGCGCUGGCCGACAAUGCCUACCACACCAUGCUCUCUGAGGCCAACAACCACUUCAUCCUCAUCUCAGGUGAGAGCGGCGCGGGCAAGACCGAGGCCUCCAAGAAGAUUCUGCAGUACUAUGCAGUCAGCUGCCCCAGCUCAGCCAUCUUGGACACAGUCAGGGACAGGAUGCUCAUGUCCAACCCUGUGCUGGAGGCUUUUGGAAAUGCCAAAACCCUGAAGAAUGACAACUCCAGCCGCUUUGGGAAGUACAUGGAUAUCCAGUUUGACCCCCAGGGUGAUGCAGUUGGAGGUCACAUCCUCAGCUACCUCCUGGAGAAGUCCAGGGUGGUGCAUCAGAACCACGGGGAGAGAAACUUCCAUGUUUUCUACCAGCUGAUCGAGGGUGGCGAAGAGGACUUACUGCGCCAGCUGGGUUUGGACAAAAACUGCCAACAUUACAAGUAUCUGGCGCAGGGUGAAUACUCCACUGUGAGCGCCAUCAAUGACAAGAACGACUGGAAGACGAUGAGGAACGCCCUCUCUGUCAUUGACUUUGACAAGGCUGACAUCGAACACCUAUUUGGGAUCAUUGCCAGUGUUCUUCACCUUGGUAAUGUCCACUUUGAAGGAGACAGCAAAGGUUCUGCCACCUUGCUUGGGCAUGCAGAGCUUCGCUGGGUGUCAAAGCUGCUUAGUGUUAAUGUUCAGGUUCUACAGGAGGCCCUGACUUUCAGGAAGAUUGAAGCCAAAACUGAUGAGGUGUUAAGUCCCUUCACUGUAGACCAUGCCAUCUACGCCAGGGAUGCCCUGGCCAAGGCCAUUUAUGGACGCACAUUUAACUGGUUGGUAAACCGGAUCAACCAGUCUCUGGAGAAUCAGGUUUGGAGGCCUUGUUCUAUUCUCAGGAAGAAUGUGAUUGGACUGCUAGAUAUCUAUGGUUUUGAAGUAUUCCAUGUCAACAGUUUUGAACAGUUCUGUAUAAACUACUGCAAUGAGAAGCUCCAGCAGCUGUUUAUCCAGCUGACGCUGAAAGCAGAGCAAGAGGAGUAUGAGGCCGAGGGCAUUGGGUGGGAACCAGUGCAGUUCUUCAAUAAUAAAAUCAUCUGUGAUCUGGUGGAAGAGAAACACAGAGGCGUCAUAGCUGUGCUGGACGAGGAGUGCCUCAGGCCAGGGGACGCCACCGACCUGACUUUUCUGGGGAAGCUGGAGGAGAAGAUGGGUCAUCACCCUCACUUUGUCACGCAUAUGCUGGCAGACAAGAGCACGCGGAGAACCCUGGAACGGGGGGAUUUCCGUCUCCUGCACUACGCUGGGGAGGUCACCUACUGCGUUGUGGGAUUCAUAGACAAAAACAAUGACCUUUUGUACAGGAACAUUAAAGAGGUGAUGCAUCAUUCAAAGAAUUCCAUAGUCAGACAGUGUUUCCAGUCCACAGAGUCAGAAAGCAGAAGACGGCCUGAGACGGUUGCAACUCAGUUUAAGAACAGUCUGCUGAAACUUACGGAGAUUCUAAUGUCCAAAGAGGCCUGGUAUGUGCGCUGCCUCAAGUCAAAUGACUCCAAAAAGCCAGGACAUUUUGACGACAUGCUGGUGAGGCAUCAGGUGAAAUACUUGGGACUAAUGGAGCAUCUCCGCGUCAGAAGAGCUGGGUUCGCAUACAGGCGCAGAUUCGAUGUGUUCCUGCAAAGGUACAAACCCCUUUGCCCAGCCACAUGGCCCCACUGGAGGGGACCGGCGGCGGAGGGCGUGGAGAAGCUGGCUCAGCAUCUGGGAUACAAACCCGAUGAGUAUAAGAUGGGCAGAACAAAGAUAUUCAUUCGCCAUCCUAGAACAUUAUUUGCCACAGAGGAUGCCUAUGAGAUCUGUAAAAAUGAACUAGCAACCAAAAUCCAGGCGCAAUAUAAAGGUUACAGGGUGAAAGGGGAGUUCAAGAAACAGAAGGAGGCUGCUACAAAGAUUGAGACCUGCUGGCGAGGGGCACAAGCCAGGAAAGAGAGGGAGAAAAGAGCCUGGGCUGUCAAAGUUAUCAAGAAGUUUAUUAAAGGCUACAUGACAAGAGGCCAGGCAAAGACAACAGAUAACUCAGAGUACCUGGCAUUCGUGAGGCAGAACUACCUGAACCGCCUGAAAGGGAACCUUCCCCAAACUGUCCUGGACAAAACUACAUGGCAAACUCCACCACCUGUCCUCACAGAGACUUCAGAGUUACUGCGGACGCUGCACUAUCGCCUCAUGGUCAGGAAGUAUGUACGGGGGAUUACGCCUCAGAGAAAAACACAGCUGACACUAAAGUCAAUCACCAGUGCCAUAUUCAAGGGCAAGAAAGACUCCUAUCCACAGAGUGUCGCCCAUCCCUUUUUGGAAACCAGGAUCAGUGAAGAUGAUAUCAACAUCAGGGUCUUGCAGACGGUACGCCAUGAGCGUAUAAAGUACAGUGUUCCAGUGGUGAAGUACGAUCGCAAGGGCUUUAAGCCCAGACAGCGGCAGCUGAUUUUCACCCAGGCUGCGGCCUACGUGGCAGACGAGGCCAAGAUGAAGCAGAGAGUGGCAUACGCCUCUCUAAAAGGUAUUUCAGUCAGUAAUCUGAGUGACGGCAUCAUGAUCUUCCAUGUUACUAGUGAGGAUCCCAAACAGAAGGGUGACCUAGUUAUGCAGUGUGACCAUCUAUUCGAGGCACUGACCAAACUGAGUGUGAUUGCUAACAAGCAGGAUGCCAUCAAAAUCCAGCAGGGAAGCAUCAAGUUUGACAUCCAGGCAGGCAAAGAGAGCUUUGUGGACUUCAGCACAGGCCCAGAAGCCACGUGCUACAAGGGCAAAAACGGUCACCUAAUGGUGGUGUCCACCCGCACCAAAUCACGGUGACCCCAAGAACAUUCAGGAGAUUCAGGACAUCCUCUGUGGAAAUAGGGAUCCUUUCUCCUACCCUUCUAAUAGUCCAAGCCUUCAUAAGACCCAGGGAACCACAACACCAACGUCCAUCACAGGAUAUAUGUGUUAUACCACUGUAUCAUUUUCUUCCCUUUUUAUAUCAUUUCAGAGCUAAGGUCCUGAGAUUGGAAAAGUGUAUGUUGUAACAGGGCCA